GUAUGAUUAUCGUGAAAUGCUGCACAAUGCCACUUUCUGUCUGGUCCCCCGUGGCCGAAGGCUUGGAUCCUUCCGCUUUCUGGAGGCACUACAGGCUGCGUGCGUUCCAGUUAUGCUCAGUAAUGGAUGGGAGUUGCCGUUCUCUGAAGUGAUUGAUUGGAACCAAGCAGCAGUCAUUGGGGAUGAGAGAUUAUUAUUACAGAUUCCUUCUACAAUCAGGUCCAUCCAUCAGGAUAAAAUCCUAGCACUUAGACAGCAGACUCAGUUUUUGUGGGAGGCUUAUUUUUCUUCGGUGGAGAAGAUUGUAUUGACUACACUAGAGAUAAUUCAGGAUCGAAUCUUCAAGCACAUAUCACGUAACAGCUUAAUGUGGAACAAGCAUCCCGGGGGACUGUUUGUGCUGCCUCAGUAUUCAGCAUAUCUGGGAGACUUCCCGUACUACUACUCUAAUCUAGGUGCAAAACCUCCUUCUAAAUUUAGCUGUGAUCCAUGCUGUAACCCCCCUGGUGUCUCAGUCCCAACCAAUCCUAAAGCUGCUGGUUGCUGUAGCAAAUCUCAGUACUGUUAUCAGAUUAUAGUCUUGUGGAACUGUGACAAGCCACUCCCUGCCAAACACAGAUGGCCUGCCACUACUGUGCCUGUUAUUGUCAUUGAAGGAGAAAGCAAGGUUAUGAGCAGCCGUUUCCUACCUUACGAUAACAUAGUGACAGACGCUGUUCUAAGCCUUGAUGAGGACACCGUGCUUUCAACCACAGAGGUGGAUUUUGCCUUUACUGUCUGGCAGAGCUUUCCUGAAAGGAUCGUGGGGUACCCGGCACGGAGUCACUUUUGGGACAGCACGAAGGAGAGAUGGGGGUACACGUCCAAGUGGACAAAUGACUAUUCCAUGGUACUAACAGGAGCUGCUAUUUACCACAAGUACUAUCACUACCUUUACACAAAUUACUUGCCUGCCAGUCUGAAAAAUAUGGUUGACCAAUUAGCCAAUUGUGAAGAUAUCCUCAUGAACUUCCUGGUGUCUGCGGUGACAAAGCUUCCUCCAAUCAAAGUGACCCAGAAAAAGCAGUAUAAAGAGACCAUGAUGGGCCAGACCUCCAGAGCUUCCCGAUGGGCCGACCCCGACCACUUUGCCCAGAGACAGACCUGUAUGAACACGUUUGCCAGCUGGUUUGGUUACAUGCCGCUCCUUCACUCACAGAUGAGACUUGACCCUGUCCUCUUCAAAGAUCAGGUCUCCAUCCUAAGGAAAAAAUAUCGAGACAUCGAGAGACUUUGAGACACGGCUGAGCCCCCACCCCCGGACUGAGUACCCCCCCUCCCCCGUGCCCAGUGCAUAUCCAUAGGCAAAACCGACAGUUGCUGUACAAAGACAUUGCGCAGGAUCAACUGCAAUCGGAGACUGUGGCCUCACUGGACUCCUCCCCCCUGAGCUCGGCCGUCUCGACACUAGACUGUACAGUUUAAUUAAAUAAUUAUUUUUGAAACGAUUGCUAUGCAGGUUACACUUUUUUAAUGAACAAAAAACUAUUAAAAUCAGAGUUCUUUCUUU